UAAAAGCACGCACACGUUAAGAAUUGUAGUACUACAACUAAAACUCUAUGCCCACUUUCGUCAUUUCACUUCAGCCCUUCCAUUUCUGUAUAAUAUAAACACAGCCCACAGAGCCACUCUUUCAUUUCAAUUUCCAAUUUUUUUUUCACACAAUACACACACUAACAGAAACCCAAAACUCCUAAAAUUUAGCUCAAUUUUUCAUGAUUGAGAAUGGGAUUUCCAGUUGCAUACACUGAUUUAAUUAUCCCCAAAUUGGUGGCAUAUAUGCUGACGGCAUUAGGAGUUGUGCAGAAAUUUAUGUACGCUCUGCUAUCUGUAUUACGGCUGGGUGAUUUUCUCGAGCCGGAAACGGCGUCGUAUGCGUCGCCCGAUUAUUGUAGCGCGGCGCUGAUCCGUGAGCUGCUGACGGUGGUGAAAUUCGCAGAUUUGGAGAAGGAUCUUGACGCGCCGGAGAGGUGCGCGGUGUGCCUGUGCGAAUUCGGCGGCGAGGACGAGAUCCGGCGGCUGAGGAACUGCCGGCACAUAUUCCACCGGAGCUGCGUGGACCGGUGGAUGGACCAAGAUCGGAAGACGUGCCCGCUCUGUCGCACGCCGUUCAUACCGGAGGAGAUGCUGGAGGCAUUCGACGAGCGAAUAUGGCUUGCCUCCGGCAUCUCCGGUCUCUACGCCGACUACUCUGUGAUUAGGAGUUCGGGGUGAGUUCGAUGCGGAUUUUGAGAAUACUACAGAAAAAUGUGAAUGGAAAAAAGUUGGAAAAUGGUAAAUUUGGAUUUUGACUAUUUUCAUUUCUUCAAUUUUUAGGUAGAUGUGAAAUGUAAGUACAUGAAAGAAAAGUUCGAAAAAUAUUCGAAAUGAAAGAAGCACAAGAUUUAUUU